AUGGCGAACCUCGAGCCGGUGGAGAAGACCGCGGUCGUGUCGGACUCGACCGGCGCCGAUGCGGUGCCAGCAAUUCGGGCGCGGCCGACUCGCUCCAGUUCGGCGCAGCUCGCCUUGGAGCCCACCGCGCUCUUAAAUCGCCUCGAGACCAUGCUCCUCGGCAACCAACCCGUCCCCGCACCCUCCAACGAGGUCAGCAUCGUCGGCGAGGUCACCAACGGCAUCAUCAUCGCCGCGAAAGCUGCCGUAAACACGCUCUUUUCGUCGCAGCGGCGCGGCGCGCUGAUGGCUCUCCAGAUAAAGAACCUGAAGAAGGCUGCGCUGGCGUACCUUGUGUGGGACCUACGCGGCGAGCUGGCGGGCGCGCGACUCGAGCAGGCGGUCGUGUACGGCAAGCGGCUCGAGACGCACGCGAGCGGCGUGGACAAGGAGUUGGGCAAGUGCAAGCGGCGGCAGGCGGGCGCGGAGGCGCUUCUCGCUGUCGUUCCAGAAACGUUGCAGGACGUGCCCACGCCAGAGGAGCCCGCGGUCGAGGAGGAGCCGGCGGUCGAGGACCUGCCGGCCAGCGUUUCCCGUCCCGACGACGCGUCUUCGGACAGCGAUCGGGAAAGCGUCUUCGAACGUCGGGAUAUGCGGAACGUUUACGGGAUUCAGCUCGCCCACGAGGACAAGUGCCACGAGUGUGCCAAGCUGCAGGCUCGGGCAGUGAAACUGUAUGAUAUGCUCCUCCCGUACCUCGAGCGCGACUGGGUGCCACUGGAGGAGGCAUUCCAGCGGCUCGACCUUAUAGCUGCUCGGGAGCGCUCGGGUACCCUGGGUCGUGGGUAUGAUAGUGACACAACAUAUGUGUGA